AUGAUUUCUUCUAGCCCAGGACAGAUUCAGGAUUGGCUGGUGAAGCGUAAGGUUUUAGUACUGGGUCUGGAUGAGACCCUCAUUUAUUCUCAUCACGACGGCGUUAUUCGGCAAAUGGUAAAGCCAGGCACCCCACCAGAUUUUGUAUUAAAAGUUACUAUAGACCGGGAUCCGGUGCGGUUCUUCGUCCACAAACGACCACACGUUACUUUUUUUUUGGAUAUAGUAUCACAGUGGUACGACCUCGUGGUAUUCACAGCUAGUAUGGAAAUAUAUGGAGCUGCGGUUGCUGACAAGCUAGAUGGCGGCCGUGGCAUUUUGCGACGCCGAUACUACCGCCAGCACUGUACACUUGACUAUGGUAGUUACACGAAAGAUCUGGCUGCCAUAUGUCCCGAUUUGGCUUCUAUAUUCAUUCUAGAUAACUCUCCAGGAGCUUAUAGGCAAUAUCCAGGUGAGAGAAAUUAUUAUUCAUUUAAUAUUUGUUGAUGCAAUAUUUUAUGUAUUCAUUCAUGAACCACCACCCAUCGCUCAUCCCCAGCAUGGAUCAUGCCAUGGUGUCAGGGCCCUGUUCUUUGGGAGGAGUAAACCACUCCUCACAAGGUGCUUGCCUGAGAACCCAAUAUCCCUUUCGUCAUAAAUGUUUGGGUGUGUCUCCCCUUUUCAUCUAAAUUUGCUGUCAUGGGCAAUGACAGUGAAUUUUAUGGAUUGUGGAAUAUGAAAAAUAAGACAAUGCUUUUACUUGCUUUGUGAAUAUAAUUUAUGAAAUAUGAGUGGAAAGUGGUCAUGACAAUAACAGGUUAAUAAUUAGUAUAAAUUUGAUAAUGUUAGAAAUGGAAUAUGUUGAAUGCUCAGGAUCACCAAGAAGUUCUAGUGCUUUAUAAAUCUAAUAGAACAGGCCAUCCUUCAUUUAUGAACCACCUAUCAAGCCUGAAUGGGCAGAUGCCAAAACAAAGGCUACUGAAAUGAGCUUGCUGUAAGGUGUACGUCUGCUUUGGUAACUUCAUGGGCCACAUACGUUCUUGGGUAGUGAUGGCUCUUUCAGAUGAGACACAGGCUAUACAGGGUUCAGCAGGAAAUGGGUGUUUGGCCUUUCUUCUUCAACAGGAAUCGUCAGUUUGUAAAGACAACUGUCGAUUGAGAAUUGGAUGUACACAUCUUGCCCAUAGCCCUCCUUG